UCACACAACACUGUGUCCACACGGCAGUGUCUAUACCUAGUACUCUGUUAUAUCAUCUAGGGGCAGAUCCCACAUCUUAACAAAUAUCACAGCAUCAACAUUGGGCUGUAUUCUAAGACCUAUAUCAUUGGGCAAGACCUAUAUCAACCACAUUACCUUCAAAAUGAAAGAUCAGAUCUGUUAUGAUGACUAUCAGAAGACAGCCAGCUGGCUCCUGUCUCAGACGCAGCACCGGCCCAAAGUGGCCAUCAUCUGUGGCUCCGGUCUGGGCAUGCUGGCCGACGCUCUCAAGUGCCAGGACUCCUUCCCCUACUCCGACAUCCCUGGGUUCCCACAGAGCACAGUGCAAGGACAUGCUGGGAGACUGGUGUUUGGGGAGCUGAAAGGGAAGACGUGUGUUUGCAUGCAGGGCCGUUUCCACAUGUAUGAGGGACACUCACUCUGUAAGACUACCUUUCCCGUGCGGGUAUUUAAGCUCUUGGGGGUGGAGACCCUGAUAGUGACCAAUGCAGCAGGCUCGCUGGCAGACAACUACCAGGUUGGGGACAUCAUGAUCAUCAAAGAUCAUAUCAACUUCCCUGGUCUGGCCGGGCUCAAUCCCCUCAACGGACCCAAUGAUGACAAGUUUGGUCCCCGGUUCCCUCCCAUGUCUGGUGUGUAUGACAAGGACCUGCGGAAGAUAGCCUUUGACCUCUGUAAGAGCAUGGGAGUCUCUCAGUUCGUCCAGGAGGGGGUUUACUGUAUGGUGGGAGGGCCCAAUUUCGAGAGCAUCGCAGAGGCCAGACUCCUCCACAGACUGGGGGUGGACGCUGUGGGAAUGAGCACAGCACCAGAGGUGGUGGUAGCCACCCACUGUGGCAUGAGGGUGUUCGGCCUCUCUCUCAUCACCAACAAGGUGGUGAAGAGCUACGAUGACACAGAGUCUGUUAACCACGAAGCUGUUCUGGAGGUCAGCAAGCUGCGCUCGCAAACACUGAAGAUGCUGGUCACCGAGCUGGUCAGCCGGAUGGACAUCAACAACAACACGGGCUGAACUGAAGAGAGCAGCAAGAUGCGAAGCUACACCGAAACAUUUCGACUCGCUCGUCAUGAUGAAAACAUUCAACAUUCCACAGCGACCCGGCCAAUGGCACCCUGUUCCCUAGUGCACUACUUUUGACCAGAGCCCAUGGCACCCUAUUCCAUAUAAGUAGUGCACUAUAGGGUGCCAUUUCGGAUGCACAACAAAAACCCUCCAAAUCACUCCAAAUCUUGCAGCUACAGUAGGCAUGUUAUGCAAACACGGUGUCCUGGUCAGUGACUUGAAUAUUGCUUGGGUUAAAUCAACAAUAAUGUAAUCUGUUCAGUCUGUACAUUUGUAUGUUGUGAUAUCACUACUGGGGUUUAUGUGUGGUAUAUUUUGUAUUUGUUGUGAAAAACCGGUACUCUCAAAUGGACAAUUUAACUUGUUAUUUUUCAGCUGUAUUAACUCAUCUUUCUAUCCACAAUUGUGUGCUAAUACAUGUUCACAGAUAAUAAAAGUGAAAGAUUAUAAUGCAGCUCUAUUUAUGAUGAAAUAUUACGUAUUACAAAUCAAUGUCACAUUCAGAGAAUUCUAUAGAUUAAUAUAAUUGUGCACAUUCAUAUUUACGGAUUUAUAUAGUGCUUUUCAUUCAUGUAAAAUAUAAUAUUUUUCAAUUGUACAUUGUUACUCAACGUUUGUCUGAUAUUGGGUAAGGAUUGCACAGACAAUUAAAUGUUUUAUCACAUUUAAAAGGUAUUGAAUUCUGAAAGAAUUGUGUUAUGUCAUUUUCCUGUAGCCAAAUACAUAAUUCACACAGGAUUUACGGUAUGUUGCCUGUAAAAGAAAGUAGGCAAUAUUACACUUCAUAUACAUCACAGAAGACUGAAAUAUAAUAAAACUGUUUGACAU